UUUUAAAAUCAGUGAACGAAAUCUUUGCCCGUAGUCCUGUUCCAGCCAUAUAUUUUCUGGGGAGGGAGGGAAAUUGGGCUCCAAAGGAUUUAUUCAUGCGAGCCGACUCGCACCACCAUUUUAAUCCGCCAUAUGAGGCGGUGUUCUGCUGCGUCCUUAGUACUGAAUUCCAAAAUCAUCACCAUCCUCUUGGGUUUUACUCCUACAUACCAUCAAGCAUUGCCGUCCCGAUACCUCCGCCCUUCCAACCCAGUAGUAAUUCCCCUCAGCUGCAGCAGUAAUAUUUAUCGAAAAAGCAGCAUUUCUGAGACUGCAAAAUCGAACAACAAGAUGGAGAACAGAACUCCGCAGCAACCUCAACAUCAAGACCUCAUCAAUUCAAAUCCCAACGUCAGCAAAAUGCAACAGCUCGUUCAAUCCGACCCUUCCGGUGGUUGGGAAAAGUGUUGGGAGCAAGAGUUGACCCCGUGGGAUUUGGGACAGCCUACGCCAGUAAUUGUACAUCUUCAUCAGACAGGUGCUCUUCCCAAAGGCAGAACUUUGGUCCCUGGAUGUGGCAGCGGUUAUGACGUGGUUGCAAUUGCAUGCCCUGAGCGUUAUGUUGUUGGGGUGGACUUAUCAGACAAAGCAAUUAAGAAAGCAGUAGAGUUUUCAUCGUCAUUGCCAAAUGCUGAUUAUUUCACGUUCUUAAAGGAAGACUUCUUUAUCUGGCAUCCCACUGAGUUGUUUGAUCUGAUUUUUGACUACACGUUCUUUUGUGCAAUUGAACCUGGUAUGAGAUCAGCUUGGGCAAGCAGAAUGCAAUAUCUUCUAAAACCAGAUGGAGAGCUAAUAACACUAAUGUUUCCGAUUAGUGAUCAUGUCGGCGGACCACCAUACAAAGUAUCUAUCGCUGAUUAUGAAGAGGUGCUGCACCCCUUGGGGUUUAAAGCUGUAUCCAUCGUGGAAAAUGACUUGGCUACUGGAGCUCGCAAGGGUAGAGAGAAGCUUGGAAGGUGGAAGAAGUUCAUUAGCCAAUCACCACUGUGAAAGAGAAAUCUGUUUCUUCCGUGAAUCGAAUGGGGAAGCCUACUCAUCCAUCUAGCAUGAUUUUCCAGACACAUCGGGCCGGUUGGUUUUACCAAGAAAGAAAGGCAUGGGGAGUCUUUUGGGUUUUUGUUUUGAACUACUAGUUGCUAUCUUACUCGUAAGUGGUCAUAGUUCAAUGUUGCUGUAUUUCUUCUGUUUUGUUUGCCCAAGGGCUACUGUUGUAUGGGUUCAAGGAUAUUCCCUUGCUCUUUGGUUGGUUAUAAAGAGAGCUGCUACACACACAGCAGUCUGUGC